CAGUAAUGAUGGUCUGUCUUUUCAGUACAUCAGCACCAUGGGAAAGAAGAGUCGAGUGAAGAUUCAGAAGUCGGGCUCAGGAGCCACCCCGGUGGUGACCCCAAAGGAAAUGAUGAACCUGAUCGCUGAACUGCUGCAGAAGUGCAGCAGUGCAGCCCCCUCUGCUGGUAAAGAGUGGGAGGAGUACACCCAGAUCAGAGGCCUGGUGGAGAAGAUCCGCAAGAAACAGAAGGGUAUGUCUAUACUCUUUGACGGCAGCAGAGAUGACUACUUCCCAGACUUGAUGUCCUGGGCUCAGGAGAGCGGGGCGUCCUGUGACGGUUUCACAGUGGCCAACUUUGGAACAGAAGGCUACGGCCUGCGGGCCACCAGAGACAUCAAGGCAGAGGAACUAUUCCUUUGGAUUCCCAGGAAGAUGCUGAUGACUGUGGAGUCAGCCCAGAACUCUGUGAUGGGUAAGGGUGGGAAAGGAUUAAAUUAGAAAACCUAAACAUUUUGGCUCCCAUAAAUAAACCAUUUAAAGCAGAGCGAAAAAACUGGGAAAAUAGCUUCUCUAAAAGAAAAUGAUGAUUACAUUUCAUGAAAGGAUGUAUUUUGUGACGAUUGUAACAUACUGGUACAUUUUAUAUAACUACAUUUGAGUAAAUAUUUCAAAUGUAAGACUCUCCUAACCACACAGGGAAUUUUACUGUAGCACAUCUUGACAACAGCAGCCGGUAGGAGGCUCUAAUGACUUGUACAGAUGUUUUGUGAGAUAGGAAGAAAGUUGUUUUAGUGUGUGCAUAUUUCCUUCUGUACACACUAAAAUACAAAACAACAGGAAAACGUAUGAGGCAGUGUGCUGCUCUCCACAAUGAUCAAUAACA